AUGUGCAACAUUGCAUUCAAUCUUCCAGAUGGUCAAAGUUUUUCUGAAGAAAUUGCAAAAGAUCACAUGGCGUUACUUGAAAUUGUGCUACAAUCUUAUGAAGAUCGUUUGGAGAAGCUGAAAGAGAAACGAGCUACAAAAGACUUGAAAAAGGAAAAAGUUGAAGAUGUUGCUGAAACAAAGAAAGUUGAAACGGAGAAGGUGAUUGAAGAUGAAAAAGUGAUUGAAGAAGAAAAAGUUGUUGAAGCUGUGUUGGAUACGGAUGAGGAGUCUGAUUCAAAGUCCGAGUCUGGAAGUUCGAGUUCGUCGGUCAACAGUCAAAAGACGUCGGUUAAACGGGAACAAGCUCAGAAAAAGAAGCAAAAAGCCCACUCUGGAAGCAAUCGAAUCAAGAAUUCCUUGCUAAGAAGCAAGAGAGGAUGGGGAUUGGAGUUUUUCAUAGAAAGGAGACUAGAACAUGUUACAAAUGCAAUGAAGUUGAAGUUUUCUGAUGUAAAAAUGGGUGAUGAAUCUGAUUCCACAAAAUUAGAGGAGCCACAGGUUGAGAUUAACUUUCAUUCUCAAAGUUCUAAAAGUGGAAAUGGUUGUGUGAUGUGCAACAUUGCAUUCAAUCUUCCAGAUGGUCAAAGUUUUUCUGAAGAAAUUGCAAAAGAUCACAUGGCGUUACUUGAAACUGUGCUACAAUCUUAUGAAGAGAAACGAGCUGCAAAAGAGUUGAAAAAGGAAAAAGUUGAAGAUGUUGCUGAAACAAAGAAAGUUGAAACGGAGAAGGUGAUUGAAGAUGAAAAAGUGAUUGAAGAAGAAAAAGUUGUUGAAGCUGAACAAGCUCAGAAAAAGAAGCAAAAAGCCCACUCUGGAAGUAAUCGAAUCAAGAAUUCCUUGCUAAGAAGCAAGAGAGGAUGGGGAUUGGAGUUUUUCAUAGAAAGGAGACUAGAACAUGUUACAAAUGCAAUGAAGUUGUUUUCUGAUGUAAAAAUGGGUGAUGAAUCUGAUUCCACAAAAUUAGAGGAGCCACAGGUUGAGAUUAACUUUCAUUCUCAAAGUUCUAAAAGUGGAAAUGGUUGUGUGAUGUGCAACAUUGCAUUCAAUCUUCCAGAUGGUCAAAGUUUUUCUGAAGAAAUUGCAAAAGAUCACAUGGCGUUACUUGAAACUGUGCUACAAUCUUAUGAAGAGAAACGAGCUGCAAAAGAGUUGAAAAAGGAAAAAGUUGAAGAUGUUGCUGAAACAAAGAAAGUUGAAACGGAGAAGGUGAUUGAAGAUGAAAAAGUGAUUGAAGAAGAAAAAGUUGUUGAAGCUGUAAAAAUCAUUGAAGUAGAAAAGAUUGUGAAAGUCAUCGAGCCUUGCUUAAAGUGUUUAGAACUUUGCAAGCAAACAAUAACUGGUCUUCAAAAGACAAAUUCUGAAAGAGAAGAUGCAUUGACCAUGAUGAAUGCGGUGAUGAUGUCGAAGCAAAAAAGCAAUAAAUCGUUACAUUGA